AUGGAGGAAUACGACGGUAAAGCCGAUGUAGUCAUGCAGCGCAUUAACCAGGAAAUCGACCAAUUCGAUGACAUACUGCUGGGUGACUACGAGGACACGUAUUACAACGUGACGUGGAAGACCUUCACGAACCUGCGAUGGCUGUCAGCAUUCUGCAACAAACACCACGCCAACGCCUUCAUGAUGAUCGACGACGAUCAUCGCAUGAAUCUCUCCUUGGUGGCAGAGUUUCUCACAAUUGCACCAACUGAGACGAUGCGAAAAUCCAUUUUCGGCUACAUCGCUAAAUCCGACAUGGCAUAUAGGUCUCCAUCGAAAAAGUGGUUCCUAUCCUACCGCGAAUUCCCAUGGGAUUUGAUGUAUCCGUAUCCACGGGGAUUUGCCCAAUUCAUCGGAGCCGACAUCGUUGACGACAUGGCCAUCGCGAGUGCAUACACGCGGUACAAUUAUGCACCAGAUGAUGUGGUCCUUGGAAUUGUAGCAUUGAAACUAGGCAUCAAUUUGCACAAUGUGGACUCAGUGUCAUAUCCCCUCUGGAGUAAGGAGGGCAACCAGAUGCCGUUUCCACUAAUGGUGGGUCCGAGCGAGUUGUUUGAUGCAAAUCAGACCUCAAGCAACUGA